AUGAGAGCAAGAAGGCAUGGAGUGAUUGAGUUUGACAGAGAGACGGGAAUCUAUGAGGUGCGAACUCCAAUGAAUCCAACUAGCCCAUAUAAAGGAAAUCACAGGCACACAGUACACUUCAAUGACCAGACAUGUACUUGCAACAAGAUGCAACAAUGGAGGAUGCCGUGCUCACAUGUGAUUGCAGUGUGUAACAGAAUGGCCAUGGACCCUACACGAUUCAUAGGCAAUGUUUGGAGGCGUGACUCAAACAUAGCCAUAUAUAGCUCUGAAAAGUUCAUACUAUUGCGUGACAAACCGUAUUGGCCUUCCUACGAUGGGCCAAUAAUUCAUCCUGAUGAAGAACGUCUUAGGGGUCGAGGAUGUCCACAAGUAAAUCGAUUUCGAAAUGAGAUGGAUAUGAUGGACGACUGGCUUGAGGCGCAACCAUUACACAAACAGUCUUGUACCUUGUCUGGUGGAGAUGGGCAUAACAAGCGAAAAUGUUCAAAGAGGAGAGAAGCAUCAUCUUCAGUAGCAAAUAUGUAA